AUGGGUUCAGAAACACCAUUUCAACUUCCUGUGGUUAAUUUCUCAGAGCUGAACAUCCAGAAUUCAGGCGAUCUUAUCUGGUAUUCUGCAAAAACCGUAGCCCUUCAAGCCCUUCAAGAAUAUGGUUGCUUCGAAGCAUCCUUUGAUAAGAUCUCACCCGACCUUCAAAACUCCGUAUUUCAUGAACUGGAACAGCUUUUCGAUCUCCCACUGGAAACCAAGCAAAAAAACACCUCUGAUCGUGACUUUCAUGGCUAUAUAGGACAAAUCGCAUUCAUGCCCCUCUACGAAAGCAUGGGCAUCGACGCACCUUACGUCCUAGAAAAAGUUGACAACUUCACCAGUCUCAUGUGGUCACAAGGGAACCCCAAGUUUUCGAAAACAAUCCAGACGUACUCGAAGAAGCUGUGGGAAUUGGAUGAAAUGGUGAAGACAAUGGUGUUUGAAGGGUUGAAUUUGGAGAAAUACUUGGAAGACCACUUGGAAGCAACGAAUUACCAUCUGAAGGUGAUGAAAUAUCGAGUUGCAGAUCCAAGUGAAUCUAAUAUGGGAUUAGAUUCUCAUGCUGAUACAAGUAUCCUCACUAUUCUACAUCAAAAUGGUAUUCAAGGGCUGGAGAUUCGAACAAAAGAUGGUGAUUGGAUUACGGUAAAUGUUUCACCGAAUUCAUUUGUUGUCAUGGCAGGAGAAAGCUUUAACGUUUUGUCAAAUGGGCGAUUGCAUGCUCCAUUCCAUAGGGUGGUGAUGAAUGCUAGCAAGACUCGACUUUCGGUUGGUUUAUUUUCGUUGCCAAAAAUCGGCACAACCGUGAAGCCCCCAAAAGAGAUGGUGGACGAAGAGCAUCCGUUGCUGUUCAAGCCUUUUGAUUACGGAGAGUUCAUGGAGUACUUCUGUAUGUCCGGCGUAAAGAAAGACACAUAUGGUCUUAAGAAUUAUUGUGGCUUAUUGAACUGA